AUGGCAUCAUCAUCAUCAACAACACCACAAGAGAGCAAGAUUUUGAUCUUGAAAUCCUCUGAUGGAGAGGAAUUUGAGAUCGAAGAAUCCAUUGCCUCGAUUGCCAAGGGAUUUAAGAACAAGUUGAUAAAGGUUGUGCGAAAGAUAUUCAAUAUCACUAAUGAUUACAUCCCAGAGGAAGAAGUAGAGUCGAUUGCCGAGGGAAUUAAGAACAAGUCGAUAAAGGCUGUGCGAAAGAUAUUCAAUAGCACUAAUUAUUACAUCCCAAAGGAAGAAGCAGAGGUUCGUGAUGAACAUAAGUGGGCACAUGAAGAAGGAGAAAUCGAUGAGUCAAUUGAUUUGGUUUUAGAUUGA